AUGUCAUCAGAAACGUACCUGUUAUAUUUUAUAAAGGAUCUCGUAACCCCCCUCCAAAAUGUAGCCUUUGACGCCGUUUCUGGUUACGAAAAUCUGCAGCCUAUUUGGAUUAGUGGCGAAGAAGCCGUCACGAAAUUUCAGGAUCAUUCUCCCAAGAACUGUUGUUUUAUCAUGGGCAGAUUUGCCGGUGCAACUUAUGAGCAUUUUAAAGCCUUGGGUUCAUCUUUGUAUGGUCCUCAAGUUCUGCUUGAUUAUCUUCGGGAGGAAAAACCUCUUCCAAACGUUUCGUACCCUCUUUUCUCCACUGCUCUGCGAAAUGCGAUUGUAACUGUUACUUCGGUUACUGGUUUGGAAAGGGAACGCCUUUUUUCAUCAAUCGAAAUGCUUCAUGGCAUUGCUUCAAGGGACUUGACAGAUGAUGUUAACGUAAUUAUUGCACCGAAAGUUGGUUCCAAAAAGUAUAUUGUCGGAGCAAGUCGCGGUCUUCAUAUUUUGACACCCGAUUGGAUUGAUGAAGCGUGGAAAUUAUCUGAGACGGUUGACCCAAUUGAUAUGCUUCAACAUAGUUUUAUUUUAAAAUUUAAGUUACCUAUUUUUGCCCAGCUCGUAAUCUGUGUUUCCGGUCUCUCCCUUGAGGAGAGAAAAGAGGUUGCUAAAAUCGUAUCGAGCAACGGUGGACUUUAUUCAGGUGAAAUGAAAAUUGGAAUAACAACACAUUUGGUCGUUAAAAGUGCUGGCGGUGUUAAAUAUAACUUUGCAAAAAAGUGGAAAGUUCGUAUUGUCUCUGUGCGUUGGCUGACAGACUCCGUGAACAAAGGGUACGCCUUAGAUGAGUCGGAUUAUCCCGUUAAAGAAGAUAAUCAACAGCUUUUAAAAUGCCAGUUUUCCACGCCUACGUCUUCGUCGAGUGUCAAUGGUCCUAGCGUUUUGGGGGACAUUUCUGCUAUCACUGAUUCCAAUUGUUUAAAGUUAGAUGAAACGCGCUUCAGUUUGAAGGAUCUCACUAAUAACGGUUUGCCCAAAAGAUCGGCUCCUGAACAAACGUAUCUCUGUGGCUGUGUCAUAUUCUUAUAUGGUUGCAAUUCCUCCGAAUCUACGAAACUGUCGGCGAUUAUUCAAUCUGGAGGAGGCGUCCUCUGUGCAAAUGCCUCGGACAAGGUUACAGAAUCUCUUACGCAUGUCGUGUUAGGAGCUGAUUCACAAACCGUUCCGCCCCCUGACAUUGAGCCAGGAGUAUUUUACGUAACAUCCGAGUGGCUUGAAAGUUGCAACCAACAGCGAAAACGCGUUCCGGAAAGCGAAUUUGAGGCCCCGUUUCUACUGAAAACCCAUGCCACUAAUGAACACGCUUCGGUUGAAAAACCAACAGAAAGUCAGGUGGACACCGAGGAGAUUCGUCUAAUAAAUCAGUAUUUUGAGAAUGGUGGACUCAAUGAUGUGGACGAUUUUAUUUCCAUCGACAGGAAUCCCGAAGGGUCCGCUGGAGCCAUGAAAGUUGUUACGCCUAAAUCCUCCAGCAUUGAAGAAGUAACGCCUUUAGAUGUGGGGUUGUUCUCACGACUUCGUUUCAAGCCUAGUCCCAACUUCUCCCUCACGGCUAAUCCCUCUUUGUCAGAAUUGAUCUCAACCGAUGGCGGCACCCUAAUCAACGACUCUGCAGCUGCAGCUGACUACCAAAUUUGCCCCUACGUUAUGCGCCAAGAGGUUUCUUCCUCAAUGAUAACCGUUUAUUGGAUAAACAGCUGCGUUGCUGCCAAAACCCUGCUCAUUUCCGAACUCGACACGCAGAUUGGUUUCCACCCCGUCUACAUACCAGCUUCCGCCCGUCUCCCCCUUGAAGGCUGUGUAAUUUCGCUAAGCGGCUACGUUGGCAACGACCGCACCUUUUUGACCGAAUUCGCCCGAGCUUUGGGAGCCACUGUUCAGGAGUGCUUCCUCCGAAAGCCUGUCCCCUCCAGAAAUCUCGCGGCCAGCACACACCUUGUUGCGGCCAAACCAGAUGGCAGGAAGUUCCCCGCAUCGAUUCAGUGGGGUCUACCUGCCGUGUCCUGUAGUUGGUUAUAUGCUUGCGCGACUUCUGGCAGGCGUGUUUCCGAAAAAGACCAUCCAGUGCAAGAGGACGACCCAAUGAACCCCCAGGACUGGUCCCACAUUUCAUUGCCUGAGAAAACACAACGGCCUUCGCUCACAUUUAAAAGCACUCCCGUUGGUCAGUCUCCCGGACGCAAGUCAGCGAUAGGUCAAUUAAAGACUCCAGCAUGGGUGGGAGCUAGCAAACAAGUGGAAACACCAUCUGCGAGGUCGUCAGACGCCUUCCACGUGUCUCCACCCUUGUCCGAGCAGGUUUCACGUUGUCUGAAGACUGCGCUCUCGAAAACAAACAUGCUACCGAAAAGAAACCUUGCAGAAACUGACUUUUGUGAGCCAACUAAGAACUCGGGCAUUCUUGUCGGUGUGGUCGCUUGUGUCGCGAAAUCCCUCAGUGAACGCCAGGUUGAGCUGAACAACAUUUUGAAACAACUGGGAGGUGAUUUUAGGUGGAACUUUGAUUCAAAUGUUUGUACUCACAUGAUAGCCUGUCCGUCUGCCUCAAUGCUGACUACCGCCUCUCCUAUGCCCCCAGCGAGGCACUCCACUGUCCCAAAUCCCCUUGCUCCAGAUGUGCAAAGUGCACUUGAACACCCCAGAAUCAGAGUUGUUCUUCCUGAAUGGGUCUACGAGUGCCAGCGCCAGGGCAAACGUCUACCUGAGAAAGAUUUUGCCUUUCAGACUGAUUCCGGCACCACGGAUGCUUCAGUCAAACCCCCGUCGCCUCUGCAGUCCACCAAAUCGUCCCUCCUGGGUGACGUGGCUCGUCGUCUUGAGUCGGUGAUGGGCUCCAAGGCGCAGCAAUUCACCGACGAGUAUGGCUUCGGGCUCGGCUGUGGCGGUGACGUCAUCGCUAAGACUCCCUUGUCUCACCGAAGGUCGCAUCGGGCUCCCCGUCCUGCACCCUCCGUUGAAUCUGGCUUGAGCGACAUCUCCCCCAGUGCCUUGGCCAAUCCACCUGUUGAGUACGCUCUUCCUGGACAGGCUCUACAAGUGCGAUGGCAGUACGAGGACAAUAUCAACAUCAAACCUGAAGUUCCGCCCCCCUGUCCAGUAAACACGACCUCUAAUGGUCCCGUCCAGCCACCUCCAGCGUCCGAAAAUUUAAUCGCCGGAAGGGCAUCUGCGGGAACAGUGCCUCAGAGGACUGCCGACCCCAAACGUCUGCGUGUUUUCUCACUAAGUGGUGUGAAUCAAGACGAGAGAGUGCGUUAUCAGGCCAUCAUCAGUGAACUCGGCGGAGACCUCGACCCUGGCAUGUCCAUCGGUGAGGCCACAACUCACCUGAUAAUCCACGCCCCCAGUAAGUCCUCAACACGCUCAAUUAUUGAUUAUCAAGGGGCUGUGGCGCUAACGUGUGUGCGUCUAUGCGUAGGUCGGUGCGAGAAGUUCCUCAUGUGCAUGGCCUCGGGCAAGUGGAUUCUGCACAAGUCCUACCUGGACGCCUGCGCGACGGCCUCGACGUGGCUGCAGGAGGACGCGUACGAGUGGGGCGGUCCAGGCACCGAGCCCCUCCUGGUGCAGCUGUCUCCCGCGCAAAACCGCAGCGCCCCGCCGGGCACCCUCUCGCCCGCUCAGCUGCGCGAUCUCGCCAGGGCGGCGCGCUACUGGCGUCUGGCUGGCGGCGAGGCCUUCGCCGACUGGCGGGUCAUUUUUGGGCCCGGCUGCGACAGGGAGACCAGUUUCAGGCGGAUCAUUGAAAUCGGCGGCGGGAAAGUGAGUUGUUUGGUUUCGUUUCGGCGCCCCUAUUGGUCACAGUAUGCGUGCGCCCGCAUUGUUCUGGCAAACAGCCCACCAUACCCGCCAGCAGACCAAGUGACCCACGCCUUCACGAAGCGUCGCUCAAGCAGCAGUCGCUCCAGCGCGCCCCCGCCGCCACUCCCCCCCGGCUACGAGUGGCUCCGAGUGGAGUUCCUGUGCGCCCACCUCACGGGAAGAGGUAGCGAGUGUCGCGCCGAAUACCUCAUCAAGGAGGCGGACGACGCGGAGGUGGCUGACGCCGCGCCGGCUGCCAAACGGAGUCGUGUUGCUGCCAGGUGA